CUGAGCUGCAGCAGUGACCACACCAGAUCCUUAACUUGCUGAGCCACCAAGGAACUCCAGGUGUGCGUUUUUAAGGAAGGCUGGGAACAGGUGUUCAUGGAUAAGCUUGAGCUUCAAAGGAGCUGAGGGAGGAAGAACUGCCUGGAAGGGGCAAGGAGGAGCACCCAUCUUGAGGCUCAGAGGGUGUAAGAGAUAGGGCUGCUGGGAGGAGGAGGAGGAGGAGGGAUCACUUCACACCGGGAGUUCAGAAACCCACAAAGAGGGGCCUCUGUGGGCUCUGAGAAUGGGGAGAAGAGGGAGAAGAAAGGACACAGGGGCCAGAGAGAAGGGGAAAGAAAAAAACCAGAGAGAUGUGGGGCCAGAGGCCCAGACACAGGGAGGGCCAAAGACCAUGAAAGAGAGGGACACAAACACAGAGACGGGGACACCAAAAUCUGUAUGGAUGAUUACAUUGCAUCUCAGACUGUAGACCGGAAGAAAAAGUGCCAGAAUUCCUAGGGAGUUGAAACCUUUAGUGUCUCUCUCUACUCCCUCCAGCAGAGGGCGCGCGGGGCCUCAUUUCCAGGAGUCCCAGUGACCAAGCCCCAUCACUUCCCCCAAAGCGCAUCCGAUGGAUCUAUUUUUACGCAGUGUCAUAGGACACUGGUGGCUGGAAGGCCAUCGUCUGUCUGUCCUUAGGUCCCUUCGAGUGACCCUGCGGCCUCUCCCGAGCCCACCCCUUUCCUGUUCCUGGCAGGCCCAGCCUCCUUUUGCACUAUUCAGGGCUACAGCUCAGGCCUUGCUAGUUCUCAGAAAAUCUGGCAGCGUAUCUAAGUGGAGACCCUGGGGGGAGACCACAGCGAAGGGACCGGGUGUGUGUGUAGGGAGGGGAGACGCGCAGCGGGGGGGGGGGGAACAUGCUCAUGGUUUGCAGCUGCUGGAGCGUCCCCAGGUUAGGGCAACCACCAGGACAGCGGCAGAGCCAACCUAGAGUGCCAGUCAGAGAAAGAUUCAGAGAUACGACUCCAAGACCCCAAGUCAUCCAGAAGCCUGCCGACAGAGAAAUACAGAGAAAGAGAAAGACACAAAGGGGAGCCCCGAAAAUCCAGGGGCAGAGACAGAGAGCUAAGACAUAAUGAGAGAAGAGUCCCAGUCAGAGGGGAGAGACAGAGACCAAGGGAGACGAGAGAUAAACAGAGACAGACAGACAAGAAUUAAAACGAAGACGAAGAUCUGGAAAGACUAAGACUAGAGAAAUCACCAGACAUAGAUGACCCUACAACGGCAAAAUUCUGCUCCAUGACCCAUAGAGAUAGAGAUAGAUUUCUGAGAUCAGAGAUACAGAACGACACAAAACGAAGAUAAAGCCAGAUGCAGAGACAAACAAGAGAAGGAGGUGGGAAUUUGUGACUGCAAUAGACAACUCGUUAAGAAAUAGACGAGACACGCACACGGAAACUCGGAGAGUCGAAGGACAGAGAUCCUAAGCGGCAGACAGAGGAAAAGGGGGCCCGAAGAAGGGAUGGACCCAGAGAAAGCGCAGCGCGGCAGCGGCUGGGGGUGGGGGGUAGGUGGGAGGGCGGGCACCCCAGCAGAGGGCGCGCCGCCGCCCUCUACCCCGCGGGGGUCAUGGCGCCCCCUCCCCCGCGCCCUGGCCGCACGGCUGGGCUAUUUUUACGCGUGGACAUCGGACACCAGGCUGGGGCGGCGGCGGCGGCCGAGGCGGGGCAGGGCCGGGCUGGGUCGGGCGUCGGGGCCACACGUCCGCCCGCGGGUCGCCGGGGCAGCGCGCGCCAUGGAGCCGUGCGGCUGCUGCGAGCGGCUGGUGCUCAACGUGGCGGGGCUGCGCUUCGAGACCCGGGCGCGCACGCUGGGCCGCUUCCCCGACACGCUGCUCGGGGACCCGGUGCGCCGCAGCCGCUUCUAUGACGGCACGCGCCGCGAGUACUUCUUCGACCGGCACCGGCCCAGCUUCGACGCGGUGCUCUACUACUACCAGUCGGGCGGGCGGCUGCGGCGGCCAGCGCACGUGCCGCUCGACGUCUUCCUGGAGGAGGUGGCCUUCUACGGGCUGGGCGCUGCGGCGCUAGCGCGCCUGCGCGAGGACGAGGGCUGCCCCUUGCCAUCCGAGCGUCCCCUGCCCCGCCGCGCCUUCGCGCGCCAGCUCUGGCUGCUCUUCGAGUUCCCCGAGAGCUCGCAGGCCGCGCGCGUGCUCGCCGUCGUCUCCGUGCUCGUCAUCCUCGUCUCCAUCGUCGUCUUCUGCCUGGAGACGCUGCCGGACUUCCGCAAUGACCGUGAUAGCCCGGGGCUCGCGGCUGUUGCAGCUGCUGCUGGCCCGUUCCCGGCCCGGCUGAACGGCUCCAGCCCAGUGCCUGCCCCACCUCGCUUGCCCUUCGAUGACCCGUUCUUUGUGGUGGAGACAUUAUGCAUCUGUUGGUUUUCCUUCGAGCUGCUGGUGCGCCUGGCGACCUGCCCAAGCAAGGCAGCCUUCUUCAAGAACGUGAUGAACCUCAUCGAUUUCGUGGCUAUUCUGCCCUACUUCGUGGCACUGGGUACCGAGCUGGCCCGGCAGCGGGGGGUGGGCCAGCCAGCCAUGUCAUUGGCCAUCCUGCGCGUCAUCCGACUGGUACGUGUCUUCCGCAUCUUCAAGCUGUCCCGGCAUUCAAAGGGCCUGCAGAUCUUGGGCCAGACCUUACGGGCCUCCAUGCGCGAGCUGGGCCUCCUCAUCUUCUUCCUCUUCAUCGGUGUGGUUCUCUUCUCCAGCGCAGUCUACUUUGCUGAGGUCGACCGGGCAGACUCACAUUUCACUAGCAUCCCCGAGUCCUUCUGGUGGGCUGUGGUAACUAUGACCACAGUUGGCUAUGGAGACAUGGCGCCCGUCACUGUGGGUGGCAAGAUAGUGGGCUCUCUGUGUGCCAUCGCCGGCGUGCUGACCAUUUCCCUGCCUGUGCCGGUCAUUGUCUCCAACUUCAGCUACUUUUACCACCGGGAGACAGAUGACGAAGAGGCUGGGAUGUACAGCCAUGUGGACACGCAGCCCUGCGGCCCACUGGAGGGCAAGGUCAAUGGCGGGUUGGUGGAUGGCGAGGUGCCUGAGCUCCCACCUCCACUCUGGGCCCCCCCUGGGAAACACAUGGUCACCGAAGUGUGAGGGACAGUUGAGGUCUGCAGGACUUCAUACUUCCUCGGAGGGAGGGAGGGAGGGAUGGAGGGAGGGAAGGGCAGAAGGGAAAGUUGGGGGGAGGGCGCCGGGUUUAGGAAGGACUAAGUGAAGUCGGGGAACACGAGGUCUUGUUGGCUCUUGAGUUGUGGUUGGGUAGUUCCUGCAGGUACCUUCUUCGGUGACAGUGAACGGCAGUGGGUUAUGCCCAGUUGAGGGGGAGGCUACAUUGGUCUGUAUUGCAUUGGAUGGUGCAAAGCUUAUGGAGUCUGCUGGGGUGGCCUUGAGGUAGGUUUGCUCAGACAGUUUUGUGGGUUUCUAAGUCCCGCUUUGGGUUGGGUUGGGUUGCGAGUCAAGUGAGUCUUGUCCAAUUGCCUUGUGCAGGAUUCUGUGGUUUUAGGAGUCCCCUAGGGCCAUGUCGGAUCAAAUAAGACGGUCACGCAUGGCAUUGUUGGCACUGAUUUUGUGUUCAUGCAUGGUGUUGUGGAGUUGAGAUGUUGGAAACUGCGUGGCUUUGUGAUUCUUCUAGGGCCAUGUUAUUUUAGGUUCUGUGAACUUGUGAGUCAUGUAGAAAUACGAAGAGUCGAGUGAGAGAACGCGAGCUGUCUAGGUCACAUUAGGUUAAGCUGGGUUGGAAUGUAUAACCGUAGGAGUCUUUCAGUGUUCCGUUGUGUUGAAAUGUGCAGGGUUAUGUUGCUGGAAGCUUUUCGGGGCCACGUUGAGUCGAGUCAUAAUGAGUUGUCUAACCAGGUGAGUCUUGUAUGGCCAGUUCAGUUGGCUCAUCCCACGGUUUGAGUUUGGUGGGCCCUACUGAGUUGAGUUGCCGUUACAUCAAGGUGUGUCAUUGAGUCCUGUCACUGAGUCGGACCGUAUCUGUGAGCUCCAUAGGGCCAUGUUGGUUUGUUUUGCAUUUAGUGGUAGCACCGGUACCCAAGGAUAACAGCACUGGGGAGGAAUCAUGUAUCAAGGAGUGGAUGUGGUGUGUGGACUCUGGGAGACCCACGGAACUGGCUUGUCCCAUGUCAUGACACUCGGGACGGGGCUAGGUUCUGUAUCCGUAGAUUCAGCUGUUGAUACAGAAGGCUUCUGGGUGAACUAGGACGACGGAGAUGCCCCUUCCAUUCACCCCACACCUGCUUCGUUUUGACAUUCAAACCCCUUCUGUGUGGGUCUUCCCCUCGGGCUUUGCUUCCAGACAUGGAGAUCAGAGCCACAAGGGAAGGGGGAGGCUGGAGGAACUGCUCUGUCCAGACAUGACAGGGGUCGGGGGGGACGAAACCCAAAGGAGGGGGGCAGAGCGCCAGGGAGGGACCCUGAGAGACCCCGAGAAAGAAGGACAGAAACCCAAAGAGGGAGCAAAGACCUAGAGAGAGGGAAAGACGGAGACCUAGAGGGAGAGGGACAGAGACCAGAGUUGGAAAGAGACCAGAGCACCCCCGAGAAAGAGAACUAAAAAAAGAAAAAGCCAGGGAGUUCCCGUUGAGGCUUAGGAGGUUAAGACCCUGACAAGUAUCCAUGAGGAUGUGGGUUCAAUCCCUGACCUCGCUCAGUGGGUUAAGGAUCCUGCGUUGCCGUAAGCUGUGGUGUGAGUCGUAGAAGCGGUUCAGACCCUGCGUUGCUGUGGCUGUGGUGUAGGCCGGCAGCUGCAGCAGCUCCCAUUCGACCCCUAGCCUGGGAACCUCCAUAUGCCACAGACGCGGUCCUAAAAAGCAAAAAAAAAAGGAGAGAGAGAGAGAGAGAGAAAAGAAAAAGGCGGGAAAAAGUCAGCGCCCCUGAAUCGAGAGAGACACACGACACACAGUCUAUUCCAUGGAAUCACAAAGGGAUCCCCAGGCAGGGCGUGCCACCCCCACCCUCCCGCAGCUCAACAAGUCCCUAAGACAAGCUACGGGCCCACUCUCUUUCCCUGGGGGGAGACCAGCAUCUUAGAGCACGGGAGUGGCUUCCCAAGGUCGCGUGGCAGGUGCCAGGGUGGGGGUGGGGCAGGACUGUGGGCCAGCUGCCUGACCCCACAUGGCCCCACCAGCCUGCUGGUAGGCACGGGACCUCCCGAGUCCCACAGUCUCAUUUCUCGCAGAUGAGGAAACUGAGGCUCAGAGGGGAGGGUGUCACCUGAGGUCACAAAGCGAAACCUUUUCAGAGGUCUUUCUGUGCUAAAAGGGCAUAUUUGGCGGAGGAUGUGGAGGGGAGCGGUGAAAUCCCUAACACAUGUCGGGCUUCCUAUGCGCCAGGUAUCAUUCAAAGUACUUGUAUUAAUUUAUUAAAAUCCGUUCAGUGGUUUA